CAUCGGGAUGCGGGACUGGUGCUGAGCUCUGACUCUUCGCCACAGACAAGUCUCGAUUAUCAUCACGGGGAUCACGCACAGGAAUUUUGUCUUUUUGGGUGUGUAUGUGUGAGGGGGGCUUUCUCGGAUUCCCAUUCGAAUCCUUUUUCGGUUGUCUCGAGUCAGCUGAUGGCAUGACGGAACUUGGUUUUGUGUGUUAGGGAUAAUAAUGGUCCGCUUCAAAUGUACAUUUUUACCCAGCUGAAGCCGAGCUUUCAUUCAGAGUCCAACUGGAUCCACACAGCGGGAUGGAUACAAAUGAGUUUGCAGUGCUGAAACUUUUUGUUGUUGGGAUUUUGGUCAAUGCCUGGAUGGUAGGCGGCUUUUCGGCGACUGAGAGUUUCCACAUCGAACCCACUUCUGCCAGGCCAGGGAGAGCCUGCAACGAGUCGCGCUUGGAGUGGGAAGUGGAGGUCUGUGGCGAAGACUUCAAGCGCGAUAUGGCUCACAUAGACCCUCAGUAUUGGUGCAACCUCACCCACUUUAUCAGUGAGUACCACGUCUUCACGCUGUGCACAGAGACCAAAUCCCUCACUGUCCACUGCUACUGGCCCAAUCCUCUGGUGGAGAGCUACAUCAUCCGCAUUCACAAGCACUUUUUCUCCAACUGCACCUUGGAGCAGGUGGUAUGGGUGGACCCUCCGGACAACACGCUGACCAUCCUCAUCCUAAUUCCCGUUUUCCUCACCUUGGCUAUGAUUGCUGUGGUGGUGUGGUGCAGCAAGAGGAGCGACAACCUGGCUUAGAAAGAGACAUACCAUGAUGGAGCAGGGGAGAGCGAUUCUGAUAAAAGACAAUCAAAACAUCCACGUACACAAUGAAGCGGUGUUUGAGAGUUUUGAGAGUUUGAGUGAGUUGGUCAUUUGGUCUGCAGAUGUUCCAGCGAUCCACCAUCUCGAGGUCUUGAGACAACGUGAACGAGUUCGAACAUUUGAGGUUGCCUUCACACGAGCAUCCUGUGAUCAAUUUACGUCAAACUCAAUUCGACCUUCAUCCUAUUCAAAUGGCAAAUUAAAGAAUUAGCAGAGACCUAAAAGACAUAAUAGUGACGCCAAGAUUGAGUGCACAUGUGUCCUGUUUAGCACGUUUGCAAUGCAUGAUAGAUGUACUGUACAUUUUUGGAUCAUCAGGACAUCACAGAAAGAAGGGGGCGUUUGUGCCAUUGUGCUCAGCUGACACCUGGCCAAUCGAAGCGGCUUCCCUUUUUCUCUUUAAAUUCAGGACAGCACACACAGAGCUUGAUAUUGCGGAAGCAGAAAUUGACUGGCUGGGGUCCGUGCAUGAGAUUGGCGCAGGCAAAAUGUGUUUAUAAAGGGUAAACUGCAAGAUCUCCCCUUGCGGAUGAUGUCGUUGGUCAUGCUUGUGACUUGGGCAAUCGGAAACCGUCCUGCACCACCGACUGUGCAUCCCCUAGAAGGUCCGGAGAGGUGCAAUGUGGUCCCAAACAUGAUAGACUAGAGUUUCCCCGGUACCAAAAUGAAGAUGCGCCUGCCGACAAAAAUAGGGCCCUCAGUGUGAGAGCACCCUUAAUGCUCCAUAUUCCAUGUAUUUAACUUAAUUCAUAUGGCUCAGGUUGCAUCAGAAAAAAAUCAUUUUGAUAAGCAGGACGGUUGAUUUUUGGCCCAUUUUUUAAAUGCAUUAACUCCCUUGCCCUUUGGCAUUGUAGAAGACCCAAGGGGCUUUUAAUUAACGCAACACAAACCAAUCGUUGUCAGUACUGUACAGUAUCUUUCUGAAUAUUCUAUUAUUCUUGAUAAUUCUGUUCAUGUUGUCAUAUGUCUGCUUAACACAAGCUUUGCCUAAACCCAGCCAUUGUUGUGACUAAAUCCACUGUGUUAGUUGAUGGAACGAAUACCAUACCAAACCAUCAUGUUCAUUGUCUUUAACAGUCUCCUACCCAAACGUUGAUGCCACAAAGGGUCUCAAACCCCACCAAAGACAUUCACGAUUAAAAUGUAUUUCCCAACGAUUCCAUUCCACUGUUUGUACAAACGACAACGUGCUUGAUCAAAACCGGUAGAUGGAGUUUGCCACCUUCCAAAUAUGAGGAUUGUGUUUUUUUUUUUUUUUGCUUGAUAUGAAGCUGUUCCUUCAGGCACUGGUUGCUCAUCCAACCUCUGGAAAGAGGUUAUAUGUAUAUUUGCCAAAAUUUCAAGCUAUUUAUUGUAUUUGCCUUAGAGUUAUUUGUACAUGUCCGGUGUGAAGCAAGAUGACCUGUUGAGGUUUUGAAUAUUUCAAUGGAGGAAUCAACUGGCCAGACGGAGACCAGUGGCCUUGGACAUUCUCGUCAGUCAGAGCACUGUAACGUAAGCUGAAGGCCAAAGGAUCCGGUGCUGGAACUCUUUUAAAUCAUGGGAAAUAAGAUUCCCGGUGGACAGCAUUUUCAACAUGACACAUGAAAGGAUGAAAAGGAACCCAAAGUUGGACUUAAAGGGAUGCUGUAAGUUUCCAUACACUGCUGAGUUACUCAAGGGACAGUCAUCACUGGAAAGGACAAACAAACAUGAGACAACACUUGGACCAACCAUUUUGAGUCUCUUGUGGCUGUUUUAUAACAGUGUAACUUAUCAGAUACUGAAUAGAAUAAAGUAUUGUUAAUACACCGAG